AUGUUCGUGUAUCAGCAAAUCCGGUUGAAAGCGUACAGGAGAAUAAUGAAAAUGCGAAGCCGGGAAAUAAGCCUGUUGGUAAAAGCACCACCGCCAUCUUUUCCAGUUACGCUUUUCUCUCCUACAGAAAGCAAGAGAAUGGAAUUCCCGGAUUCGGCUAAAAAAGAACCGGACACAAUCCCUGAACCAAAAAGGGUAUCUCCGCCUAAGCCCAAGGACAAUGAUGACGAUGAAGGUGACGCCGGUGGCGGUAAUGCAUUUGCUGCGCAAUUACGACGGCGUGCAUUGAAACGCGAGCAGAAUGCGGCUGUUUUUGAACCGAAACAAAACGAGGCCGAAAUCCAGUGGAAAAAAGUUUGUGGCAAUCUUAGUCCUAUUUGCAUUUCUUUAAGUCAAUUGUGUUGUGAAAAUUUUGAUAGCAAGAAUUAG